CUUUGCCUGACUCAGAGACUGCCAGAAAGCAGAUCCUUUAUAUAGGCCAUGGGGUGUGGCUCCAUGACUCAGCACUUAUCCAGGCCUGCCCCUCCCUUCCUUCUGACGCCGCCGCCUAUCAAUUCUUCUGAAGCGAGGGUCACUCCAGUCGGCAGCUGUUGGUAAUUGACCUCCCUCAGGCUCACAUGCUGUGGGGGAGGGGGAGGGGUCUAGUUGCUCCGUUUGCCUGGGCAUGGAGCCAGGGCUGGGGCCGGGAGGUGCUCGCUCCUCCGCAGCCUGCUUGGGCAUGGAGCCAGGGCUGGGGCCGGGAGGUGCCCCCUCCUCCUCAGCCUGUCUGGGCAUGGAGCCAGGGCUGGGGCCGGGAGGCAUACUAGGACAUUCCUCAGCGUUCGGAAGCAGAUAAGAAGACCCCGGCUGCAGUGAGAGCGGGCAAGACACAACAUAGAUGGGACUACAACUCACCAUCUCCUGGUUUCUAGUCUAGUUUAGUGCCUUCACCACGAGACCAAACUGGUUCUUAAUAGCCAUUUACGUGGCUGAGAGGGAUUUACUAGCAUGAACUUAGUUGAAUCUGGGUUUUCUUGCCAUGGUUUUGGUUCAACCACCGUUUCUUACUGAUGUUCAGUUCAACAGAAAGAAAAAUGGGGAACCUUGUUGUCCUUUUUCAGACCUUUCAAUGUCUCAGCCAGGUGCUGACUCUAGCAGGAUUUACAUUCUUGGCAGACAUGGUUGAUUUAUCAACUAAAGCAGGUAUCUAAGCCGUGACAUCGAUCCUAGACUGCUUUUCAAUUUAAGAGAAUCAUUUACCAGUCUGGUUUAUUGAUUAGUUUACACCAAGCCAAGCAUCUAACCUUCAGUGGACUUUACUACUAAAUUCCCAAAGCACUCUUUGUUUAAAACAGCCCAUCCCCACAAAUGCCCUUCAGCCUGGUUUAUUUAAUUUGCAUUUCUGGUUUUCAAUAAACCCUCCCUCACCAUAUAUUGUAAACCAAGAUUUAGAACUAAACCAUUGUGGUUUAUUUAACAAAACAUAAUUAGAGAAAUCAGGGCUUCAUACAGCGCGGGAAUCCAUCUAAGGUGCAGAGAAGAGCAACAAAGAUGAUUAGGGGACUGGAGGCUAAAACAUAUAAAGAAUGUUUGCUGGAAUUGGGUAUGUCUAGCUUGACAAAAAGAAGGACUAGGGGGUGACAUGAUGGCUUUGUUCCAAUACCUCAGGGGCUGCCCCAAAGAAGAGGGAGUCAAGCUAUUCUCCAAAGCACCUGAAGGCAUGACAAGAAGCAGCGGGUGGAAAUUAAUCAAGGAGAGAAGCAACUUAGAACUAAGGAAAAAUUUUGUGACAUUUAGAACAAUUAAUCAGUGGAACAACUUGCCUCCAGAAGUUGUGAAUGCUCCAACACUGGAAAUUUUUAAGAAGAGAUUGGAUAACCAUUUGUCUGAAGUGGUGUAGGGUUUCCCACCUAAGCAGGGGGUUGGACUAGAAGACCUCCAAGGUCCCUUCCAAUUCUGUUAUUCUAGUCUAAUCUAGUCUAGUCUAAGGUGAACUGGGUUUUUCAACUUCUAGUUGACAUUCUUGUCAUAAGGCUUCAGAAACAGCGUUGAUAGAAUUCUCUGCCUAUAGUGAAUUUAGCAUGGACAUCUGUUUUGUAGACCAGCUGCAACUGGUCAUUCUCUCCUCCAUAUUUGAUCUAUGGAUUUGGUUUUAGGUGUGAUAGGGGAGGAACUCUUGAUGUCAAGACACCAAAAAGGGUGCAGAGAAGAUCCACAAAAGAUGAUUAGGGGCCUGGAGGCUAAACCAUAUGAUGAACGGUUGUGGGAACUGGGUAGGUUAAGUCUAAUGAAGAAAAGGAUGAGGGGUGAUAUGACAGCAGUCUUCUACUACUUGAGAGGCUGUGACAGUGAAGAUUGUUGUUGUUAGUUGCAAAGUUGUGUCCGACCCAUCACGACCCCAUGGACAACGUUCCUCCAGGCCUUCCUGUCCUCUACCAUUUAAGCUCACGCCAACUGCUUCAGUGACUCCAUCCAGCCACCUCGUUCUCUGCCGUCCCCUUCUUCUUUUGCCCUCAAUCUUUCCCAGCAUUAGGCUGGAAGCAUUAGACAGUGAAGAUAGGAUGGACUUAUUCCAUCCUCUGGGCCUCUGGUGGCUCAGACUGCUAAGACAGUCUGUUAUUAACACAGCUGCUUGCAAUUACUGCAGGUUCAAGUCCCACCAGGCCCAAGGUUGACUCAGCCUUCCAUCCUUUAUAAGGUAGGUAAAAUGAGGACCCAGAUUGUUGGGGGCAAUAAGUUGACUUUGUAUAUAAUAUACAAAUGGAUGAAGACUAUUGCUUAACAUAGUGAGUCUUCGGAGAAGGGCGGGAUAUAAAUGCAAAUAAAUAAAUAAAAAAUUCUCCAAAGCUGCUGAGGGCAGGACAAGAAGUAACGGAUGGAAGCUUAUCAAAGAGACAUCCAAUUUGGAACUAAGGAGAAAUUUCCUAACGAGAACAAUUGAUCAGUGGAACAGCUUGCCUUCAGAAGAAUUUUUUUUAAUAAGAGAUUGGACAACCAUUUGUCCAGAAUGGAAUGGGUUCUUCUGCUCAAGCAGGGGGAGUUAGACUAGAAAACCUCUUAAGGUCCUUCCCUAGUCCGGGUAUUCUGUGUUCUAAAUCCCCACCCCCUGGAAGGGGCAGAACUCCGCACGGAACCAAAGAAGAUAAAUAUUGCAGAAUGACAACAGGCAGCAAUCAGAUGUGCACAAGACAGAAACCUCAUCCGCUGAUACAAUGACCUGGGCACCUGAAUUAGGUCGUUCUCAGCAGAAUCCAACAGCUGGACUGGGGACCCGGAACCAGACCUGGUGGAUGGAUCUUCCCAGCUUUGCAGCCUGUUUUCAAAACACCGUUGCCGUUUGGAUCCCUUGUAUCUAUCUAUGGAUUUCUUUCCCCUUCUAUUAUCUUUACCUUCAGAAAAACCGCAGGGGAUAUAUCAGGAUGUCGGCUGUCUUCAAAGCAAAAAUGAUUCUUGCCUUUGUCUUGUUAGUGCUGUGUUUCUCCAUCAUCUCGUACCUCCUUUGGAAAGCUAACCAAGGGGUUUCACCAGGACCUGGGCUCAUCAUUAGCUCUACAAUUCAACUGGUCACAAUGGUCCUUGUGGUUUUUCUCACCCAGAUGGAACGGAUGAGAGGGGUCCAGUCUUCAGCUGUCUUGAUGGUCUUUUGGCUGCUGUCUCUCCUCUCCUCUAGUGUCUCUUCCAGCUUCAAAUUGCACCAAGCGAUGGAAGGGAGGUUCCAGGAACAGCCUUUCCAGCAACUGACUUCAUACAUUUACUUUGCUCUGGUUUUAUCGGAACUGGUCUUGUGCUGUUUUACAGAUCCCGCGCCUUUCUUUUCUAAAAUUAGCAAUGACUCAAAUCCUUGUCCUGAAUCCGGAGCCUCUUUCAUUUCCAAAAUCACAUUCUGGUGGUUUGCUGGACUGAUCUGGAAAGGCUACUGGGCUCCAUUAAAGCCAGAAGACCUGUGGUCACUAGCAAAAGAGAACUCUUCUGAAGAAAUCAUGGACAAGGUCAAAGAUGCUUGGGAUAAACGUUGUCCAAAAACUGAACAAAUGACCAAAAGGAGGCCAACCCAGAGAGAAAAUGCGGAUGAGACUGCCAUCUUGCUCCAACCGGAAGCUGGCAAGAGCAAAGAACUUCUAAAAACUUUCUGGACUGUUUUUGGAACUUAUUUUCUUCUGGCGACCCUCUGUUUGAUCACUUGUGAUGUCUUCUUGUUUUUGGUUCCAAAGACACUGAGUCUUUUCCUAGAUUUUAUCAACGACCAAGAAGCUCCUCUUUGGAUCGGUUAUUUCUAUGCCGUUGCGAUGUUCCUUUUGGCCUGUCUGCAGACACUGUUUGAGCAGCGGUACAUGUAUAUGUGUUUCAUGCUGGGCAUGAGGUUAAAAACAGCCAUCACGGGCCUUGUUUAUCGGAAGAUCUUGGUCCUGUCCAAUGCAGCAAAAAAUUCAACAUCUGUGGGCGAGAUUGUCAACCUGGUAUCUGUUGAUGUGCAGAAGCUGAUGGACCUAAUUAUUUAUUUUAAUGGGACUUGGCUUGCUCCUAUCCGGAUUGUCAUCUGCUUUGUCUUCCUUUGGCAGCUCCUCGGACCCUCUGCCUUGUCUGCUGUUAUCAUAUUUUUAGUUCUCUUACCUCUGAACUUUGGGAUCAGCAAGAAGAGAAGCCAGCUCCAGGAAGCUCAGAUAAAGUACAAGGACAGCCGUGCAAGGCUGACCAGCACCAUCCUCAGUGACAUGAAGGUCCUCAAACUUCAUGGCUGGGAGAAGAACUUCAUAAGCAAAGUGCUGGGCAUCCGAACUCAAGAACUUCAAGCUCUCAAGAUGUCGCAGUUCCUCUUCUCAGCUUCUCUUGCGUCUUUCCAGUCAUCUACUUUUCUGAUUUCAUUCAUCGUCUUUGCGGUCUACACAUUGUCAGAUAAGACAAAUGUCUUGGAUGCUAAGAAAGCUUUUGUUUCUCUUAGCUUGGUCAACAUUCUCAAUACUGCUCAUUCCUUCCUCCCAUUUUCCAUUAAUGCUGUUGUGCAGGCAAAAGUGUCCAUCCAUCGCUUAGCUACCUUUCUUUCUCUUGAAGAAUUAGAUCAAGCUCAGGUGGAUGUUGAGUCUUCGGACCGCAAUCCAAAUCCCAUCAUUGUCACAAAUGGAACUUUCGGCUGGUGCAGAGAAGGCAGUCCAUGCUUAAAUAGGAUAAAUCUUACCGUACCUCGGGGCAGUCUGUAUGCCGUGGUGGGUCAAGUGGGCGCUGGGAAAUCCUCCCUGCUCUCAGCAUUACUUGGUGAGCUGCAAAGGAUUGAAGGUUCUGUAGUAAUGAAGGGCACAAUAGCGUUUGUUCCCCAGAUAUCCUGGAUACAAAAUGCUUCUGUGGAAGACAAUGUCGUAUUUGGGAGGAAAAUGGAGAGGACGUGGUACAACCAGGUGGUCAAAGCCUGCGCCCUGCAGCCUGACAUAGACGGUUUUCCAGCUGGAAGCCAGACAGAAAUUGGAGAGAAGGGCAUCAAUCUUUCUGGAGGACAGAAGCAGAGGCUCAGUCUGGCUCGUGCAGUUUAUACGAAUGCCUCAGUUUACCUACUGGACGAUCCCCUCUCUGCUGUGGACGUUCCAGUUGGGCAGCACAUUUUCAACCAAGUUCUUGGACCAAACGGCUUGUUGAAGGAAAAGACUCGCGUCCUGGUGACCAACACCAUCCACAUUCUACCCAAGGUGGACAACAUCAUUAUGAUGGAGAAUGGAGAAGUCUCUGAGAUGGGCUCUUGGCAAGAACUGAUGCAAAAGCAAGGGGCAUUUGCCGACUUCCUGAGGUCCCAGAACCUUGAAGAAAAAGAAGAUCAGGAUUUCCAAGUUAUUGCUGAUCCUCCCAAAGAUGCAGGAAACAUUAAGACGAUCUCCACAACUCCUGUGACCCAUCAUGAAACCCCUGGAAAAUCAAGAGAGCCUUUGGCCAAGAGAGACAGCUACAAGCCAACAGAGGAAGAAGGAAGAAGAGUGAUGGCAGAAGACGAGAAGCAGAAGAGUGGACGGGUAAAGAUUUCGGUAUACCUGACAUAUCUGAGAACAGCAGGGUCGUUCUUCUGGGUUUAUAUUGUACUGCUGUUUGCCUGCCAGCAAGUUUUCUCAUUCUGCCGCGGCUACUGGCUCAGCCUGUGGGCCAAUGACCCUGUUUCCAAUGGGACACAACCUCAUACCCAGCUCCGCGUGGGUGUCUUUUUUCUCCUGGGAGUCACGCAAGCCAUUGGGAAAUUUGGGUCAGUUGCUGCGGUGUUUUUGGCCGGGAUCGUCGCUUCCCGUAAGCUCUUCCAGCAGCUCCUGUUGGAUGUUCUCCGGUCUCCAAUGAUCUUCUUUGAGCAGACUCCCAGCGGUAACCUACUCAAUCGUUUCUCCAAAGAAAUGGACGCAAUUGAUUCCAUCAUCCCGGAUAAGCUGAAGUCUCUGUUGGGCUUCCUGUUUAACCUUCUGGAGAUCUACGUUGUGGUUGUGGUGGCCACACCGAUGGUUUUAGUGGCUAUUUUGCCUCUGUCGGCCUUAUACAUUGUUUUUCAGGUCUUUUUUGUCACCACCUCCUGCCAGCUGAAACGCUUGGAAGCCGCAAGCCACUCACCCAUUUUUUCCAACAUCUCGGAAACCUUUGAGGGGAGCUGCCUCAUUCGUGCUUUCGGAGUCCAGCAGCGUUUUAUUGUCCAGAAUGAUCUCAAAGUCGAUGAAAACCACAAGGUGUCUUUCCCUGCAGUGGUCGCUGACAGAUGGCUGGCCACCAAUAUUGAGAUUCUGGGGAACACCAUUGUCCUGUUUGCAGCUUUACUCGCUGUGGUGUACAAACCCCAUCUCAGUCCUGGCAUGGUGGGCUUUUCCAUCUCCUGUGCUCUUCAGAUCACUGGCGUUUUGAACUGGAUGGUGCGUGCCUCAGCAGAAAUUGAUAACCACAUCAUGUCUGUGGAAAGAGUGAGAGAUUAUUCACAGACCCCCAAAGAGGCUCCAUGGACCUUGGAUGAUCAUCUCCAAGGUGGCCGGUGGCCCACUGAAGGGGCAAUUGAACUCAGGGGCUAUAGUUUGCGAUAUAGGCCAGAAUUAAGUCUGGCUCUGAAGAAUAUCAACCUAAAGAUCAAACCGCAAGAGAAGGUGGGCAUUGUUGGAAGAACAGGGGCUGGGAAAUCAUCCCUUGCGAUGGGGCUUCUGAGGCUUGUGGAAGCUGCUGAUGGAGAGAUUGUCAUUGACGGAGUCAACAUUGCCCAAAUGGGCCUGCAUCACCUGAGAAGCAAGAUUACGAUUGUCCCACAGGACCCAGUCUUGUUUGGGGGCUCUUUGAGAGAGAACCUCGAUCCCUUGAAUCAAUGCUCAGAUGAGGACAUCUGGACCGCUUUGGAGCAGACCCAACUCAAGACCUUUGUUUCAGAUCUGCCAGGACAGAUGGCCUACGAGUGCUCUGAAGGAGGUGGAGAUCUCAGUGUUGGUCAACGGCAGCUCAUCUGCCUGGCUCGGGGUUUACUUCGGAAAGCCAAAAUCCUGAUUCUGGAUGAGGCCACUGCAGCUGUGGACCUUGAAACAGACCUGCAGAUUCAGGCCACCCUAAGGAGUCACUUUAAGGAGUGCACAGUUCUGACCAUCGCCCAUCGGCUAAAUGCCAUGAUGGAAUUUGACCGAAUUUUAGUGAUGGAAAACGGACAAGUGGCCGAAUUUGAUACCCCUGAAGCACUGAGAGUCCAGAAGGGACUAUUCUACAAAAUGGCGGCGGACUCAGGGCUGGUGAGGUGACCGAGUUGAAAGAACUGACUGAACGGCUGCUUCGUUUGAAAAAAAAGGACAUUUUCUUAAUUUUCUGGCUGUGAGCAGGGAGAGCUCAAUCCUUGGCUUGUGAAACGACCGACGUUUUCUCUCGCUGCGUAAGCACCGAGCAGAUGGCGAACAGAAGUCUCGAUCUUCCCGGCUUAAUUUCAACAUGGCCACAAUGCUGGAGCCAGCAUGCACUGACUGUGAUCCGUGCUGCGAGCUGAAACCACGCCUGGCUCGAGCAGAUGCCGUCACUGAACGCCGUCCCUGCCAGCCGAAAACACUUCGCAGAUGGUUGCCGGGACGCACUGCAACAGCCUGCAUUUUGGCGCGAUCAUGUCAGGGAUGGCACCCAUUUACUCAUAAUCUCUUUUGCUGCCCUGUGGCUUUGUCCCCAAUUAAAGCGACGUGGUUGCAGAAAUAGUACACGCUUAAACUGAUCAGCAAAGCCAACUCUUGCAUCCUGUUGGAGACUGGUCGAAAUAUCAGAACAUCAGGAUAACAAGAGUUGGAAAGGGAGCCUUAGAGGUCUUCUAGUCCGACUCCCUGCUUGAGCAGGAAAUCCCUUACCAUUCCAGACAAAUGGAAGUCCAGUCUCUUCUUAAAAGCCUCCAGUGAUGGAACAACCCACAAUUUCUGGAGGCAAGCCGUUCCACUGGUUAGUUGUUCUCAUCGUCAGGAAAUUUCUCCUUAAUUUAGGUUGGACCUCUCUUCUGUCCGUUGCUUCCUGUCCUGCCCUCAGGUGCUUUGGGGAAUAGCUUGACUCCCUCUUCUUUGUGGCAGCCCCUGAGAUAUCGGAGCACUGCUAUCAUGUCACUCCUAAUCCUUCUUUCCAUUAGACUAGACAUUUCCAGUUCCUGCAACCAUUCCUUGUACACUUUAGCCAGUGGUGAAAUCCAGUUUUUUUUUACUACAGGUUCUGUGGGCGUGGCUUGGUGGGCAUGGUGUGGCUUGGUGGGCGUGGCAGGGGAAGAAUACUGCAAAAUCUCCAUUCCCACCCCACUUUGGGGCCAGCCAAAGGUGGUAUUUGCCGGUUCUCCGAACUACUCAAAAUUUCCGCUGCCUGUUCUCCGAAGUGCUCAAAAUUUCUCCGAACUACUCAAAAUUUCUGCUACUGGUUCUCCGAACUGCUCAAAAUUUCCGCUACCAGUUCUGCAGAACCUGUCAGAACCUGCUGGAUUUCACCCCUGACUUUCUAUAGUCUCAACAUCCCUUUUUUUUUUUGGUAUAUUUUUGUAUACAUUGCAAACUUAAUAGAUGUCAGCCUCCCAGAAGAUGCUAUUGUCCCCUCGCCGCAUGUUCCCACAAUGUCUCAGUUCCCAACUCACCUUGACCUAAUCCUGAUGCAAUCAUCUAUUGAAGCAAAAAAUCAACUAGCACAGGGCAGUUGAGAUGCCUUCUCACCGUCAACUCUCCCUCCCUCCCUCUCCCUCUCUCUCUGUCUGUCUCUCUCUCUCUCUCUCUGUCCCUCUCUGUCUCACUCCUUCUCAGCCCCUCCUCCAGCUUGCAAAAAGAGCUGGAAUACUCAAGCCCUUCUUUGUAAAGGGUGGGGGGAUCUGCUUUCACUGCCCUCCUGCAUCAGAGCUGCCUCUGAAAGGAGAGGAGGCCCGAUGUGGUUUUGCUAAGGCCGAGCUGGUCUCCAAAACCAUGGAGCUACAGCAAGUGAUGGUUCUGUUCUCCAUGUUUGUGGUUGGCGUCUCAAAGCGUAAGUAGAAGGAACCGUGGAAACUACACCACCACCCCCCGUGUGUGUGUGUGUGUGUCUUUCAUCGGAUUUUAUCCAGCCAAACUAUUUUAAUGGAGGACUUUGUAGCAUUUCAUAUGGGAAGGAACUGGCGAUAGGCUACCAAGGUUGGCCAAAGUUGAGUGAAAUCACACCUGUCGACUUCAAGGGUUCAAAAGCCAGCCAGGUGGUUGGUCAGGUCUCUCAAAAAGAGAGAUGGUUUCAUGUGCUUUCAAUGCCGGUUUGGUAAAUCUCCCACGCGAUUCUGAAGCUUAUCUAAGAUACCACAUAUCUGGCUUUGCAGUUUAUGUUUCUCUCGCUAUUCUGGUCGUGGUCACCAGUCAAAACCGAAGACCGUUUUACCUGGUCGGGGUGGGGGGGAACCAAAUACUUUUUUUUUCUGAAUAACUGGAAAUCUUACAUGGACUUUCUUUGAUGAAAGAAAACAAGACUGAAAUUGAUCAUUUCGAGGUUAAAAAGGGCCAGAGCGGAUGGAGGGAAAAAUUGAAAUGAUAAUUACUCCACAGAACAGCAAAAGGCAUUACUCUGUGUUUUCUUUUCUUUUCUUUUUUUUUGCAUACGUUUAUUGUAUCCAAAAAGCCUAAUAAAAAAAAUAUAAAACAAGAAGAAGUAGAAAAUUUGAAUAGAAAAGAGUUUUCUUAAACCAGGAUAUUAGGAAGGCUUGCUCAAAAUUCAGGGUAUUGGGUAUGUGUGUGUGAACACUGCAUAUUUGUUUGUGCAAAAUACCAUUCAAGGAAAUGUAUAUUAGCCAGAGUGUGUGCAUGCUUAUUUUCGUAUGAAGUUUGGAGGGGUGGGGGGGACUUUUAAAGGUCUCACCCGAGCAUUAAGGAAAGCUCGACCUGAUACAGCAAACAGGACGAGCUGAAUUGAAGCUGAGGAAAAAAGAAAAAAAAGAUCAGAAAAAAAUCUGACUUGAAUCAAUUGUUUUGUCAUCGCAGAUGUUGGAAGAACUGGAUUUUCCCAAACUGGCUCUUAAUGAAAAGGCUCUUAAUUGUGAUUGUUUCCUGAUUGCUUAUUUGUUCCCUAUGACUAUCAUUAAGUGUUGUACCUUAUGAUUCUUGACGAAUGUAUCUUUUCUUUUAUGUACACUGAGAGCGUAUGCAACAAAGACAAAUUCCUUGUGUGUCCAAUCACAUUUGUUCAAUAAAGAAUUCUACUCUAUUCUCCUGGAAAGAACACACAGAAUAGGAUUUAACUUUUCCCCCAGAUAGUUUUCUUCCCCUCCGAAUUUUGCACAAAACAGUUUUCACCACUUGUUAAACUCCUCCUUUUAUCAUCCGUAGAGAAUUUAUACUUUGGGAUAGGUAACCAGAGGCUUGUCGGAAUGCUGAAAUGGGGUGGAAUCAGGAGGAGAACAUUUGGAUCGGAACAAAAGAUGUUCUUCCUGCCUUUAGUUGGAAGGUUUCGUCUAUCGUUCUUAUAGUUCAUAUAUCACCCCAUUCUUUUCUUGAAAACCUCCCGUGAUGGAGCACCCACAAUUCCAGGGGGUGGGGCAGUUAUUCCAUGGCUUAGAUGCCAUCACUGGCAGAAAAUUUCUCCUUAGAAAUUUGAUACGAUCUCUUAAAAGUUUUAUUUCAAAAGUCAUAGUAAUAUUUCUCAGCUGUAUCAACAUUAUGAGUUCUCCAGACUACAUGUAGGAACUUCAACAGAGUUGUUAAUGCCUGGAAUGCACUACCUGAUUCUGUGGUCUCUUCCCAAAAUCCCCAAAGCUUUAACCAAAAACUAUCCACUAUUCAACUCACCUCAUUCCUAAGAGGUCUGUAAGGGGCGUGCAUAAGAGCACCAGCGUUCCUACCGUCCCUGUCCUAAUGUUCCCUUUGAUUGUAUCCAAUUCGUAUGGUUAUUUCAUGCUUAUACUUAUAUAUACUGUUGUGU